AUGUCGAACGGAAAGUCCUUCAAGCUCAGCAACGGGGUCGAAAUCCCCGCUGUUGGUUUCGGUACCUUUGCCAGUGAGGGCAGCGUCGGUGAGACCUACAGAGCCGUCACCAAGGCCCUCGAGACUGGCUACAGACACCUGGACUGUGCCUGGUACUACCUCAACGAGCAGGAGGUCGGUGAUGCUAUCCGUGACUUCCUCAAGGCCAACCCCUCCGUCAAGCGGGCGGACAUCUUCGUGUGCACCAAGGUCUGGAACCACCUGCACCGUCCCGAGGACGUCGAAUGGUCCUUGAACAACUCUUUGGAGCGAUUUGGUCUCGACUACGUCGACCUCUUCCUUGUUCACUGGCCCAUCGCCUCCGAGAAGGAGACCCAGGAGAAGCCCAAGCUCGGUGCUGAUGGCAAGUACGUCAUCCUGAAGGAUCUCACUGAGAACCCCGAGCCCACAUGGAGAGCCCUUGAGAAGCUCUACAAGGAUGGCAAGGCCAAGGCCAUUGGUGUCUCCAACUGGACUAUCCCCGACUUUGAGAAGCUGUUCAAGUUCGCCGAGAUCAAGCCUCAUGUCAACCAGAUUGAGAUUCACCCCUUCCUGCCCAACACUGAGCUGGUGGACUACUGCUUCAAGCACGACGUCCUCCCCGCCGCUUACUCUCCUCUGGGCUCGCAGAACCAGGUCCCCACCACUGGUGAGCGUGUCAGCGAGAACAAGACUCUGAACGACAUUGCCACCAAGGGUGGUAACACUCUGGCUCAGGUCUUGAUUGCCUGGGGUCUGCGCCGCGGCUACGUUGUGCUGCCCAAGAGCUCCAACCCCGCUCGUAUCGAGUCCAACUUCAAGAGCAUUAACCUCAGCGACGAGGACUUCGAGGCUGUUAACAAGGUGGCCGAGGGUCGUCACUUCCGCUUCGUCAACAUGAAGGACACUUUCGGCUACGACGUCUGGCCCGAGGAGACCGCCAAGCAGCUGUCCGCUUAA